GAGCGAGGCACUGGAAAAAAUUACACGAGAAUUUAAUGAACGGAAAUUGGCAAAUCUAACCGUAGAAGACAUAAAAAAAAAUUCAUGGCAUUAGGACCCAAUACUUGGCUGAAAUUAGCAAAAUUAAAAAAAGUUAAGUGUCAAGGGCAUCAACAGACGAUGUAUAUACACCAAAAUUAUGGUGUUUUGAUUAUUUACAAUUUUUACAACAGGGGAGUGGUGUAGUAACUGAAGGGGAAUCUAAUCUCGAGGUAUCUACAGCAAGUGAAAAAGAACAGGUACCUGUAGAAAGUGAACCAGAAUAUUUGAUGGAGAAAUAAGUGAUAUAGGAGUAGUUAUGCCGCCCCAUUGUAUUCCUUCAACAUCAAGGACACCAUCAAGAAGUGAAGGUGAAGAGUUUUCUAGAAAAAGAAAGAGAAAGACAGAAAAAGAUAAAAUAAAUGGUAUUCUCGAUACAGCACUGGCUACAUUAAAGAAUUUCACAGACGAACCUGCACAAGAGCAAUGUAUAUUGAAACAUGCUUCGUUUGGACGAUUUAUAGUAGACGAACUAGAGAAAAUCGAGGAUGAAGUACUUCUAGAUGAAUUAAAGGAAAACAUUAUUCAAAAUAUCUUUUCCACGAAGAGAAGACGGAGAGAUUUGAGAAAAUAAACUAUUUUCC